AUGGAGACCGGCUCGGCGGCGUCGGAGGGCGACGACAAGCAGCCUCCUCAUACGGCAUCUACGACGUGGUCGAUCUUGGACGCAGAGCGGCGCGGGAGCAGCAGCAGAGCGACUGAUAGGCAUACCAAUACGCCUACCCCGCAUCAUCACAACCCAUAUGGAAGUCACACCGACAGACCAGAUUCCUAUGGCUCUGGAACCCGAGUGCCUACCGACUCUGGGAGUUAUUCUCAGUUCUCGUCUGGCUCAUCUGCGCUGGCGGGCGAUUAUUGGCCCAAGGUCGAUUCCGACGAAUCUGAUGAGGCCAGCCCAAGCAAAACUUUUGAACCAGAACACAAACAAAAAAAAUCGACUACCAAGAGAUUUUUCCGGUACUUGUCUAAGAAAUUAGGAACCUCGGCGCCGCGAUAUGGUUCCCUGCCAAAUGAUGAGCGAGAACACGACAGAAAUGAAAUUCAGCACAGAGUCAUCUUGGACCUUUUUGAAGACAAGUACCAUUUGGCACCGUUGACCAAUCCAAGGAGAGUGUUGGAUGUUGGCACAGGACCUGGUACGUGGGCAAUAGAAUAUGCGAAACUACAUCCACAGACGACAGUGAUAGGCAUCGACAUCGAGUAUGUCAAGCCUCAUUUAUCAAAGCCAAAGAACUGCACCUUUAUGGUCAUGGACGCAACCAAGGAUUGGGAGUUUGAAGAGGGGUUCGACCUGAUCCACGUACGCAUGUUGGGAGAUAUGCAGGCAAAGGGUCACUUGGUCGAAUCCAUAUACUCUAAUUUGAACCCUGGCGGCUGGGCUGAGUUUACAGAGUGGAUUGUUCACGUCCAAAGCCCAGAUCAUUCUCUGGACGGAGGCGCUUUCAUGCGAUGGAACAAAGUACUUCGCAGAGGCCUUCGAGAGCUCGGCUCAUCUGUAUUCUAUCCACUUGAAUACAGGCGCAUACUACGACUGGCCGGCUUCGUAAACAUACAAGAAAACAAAUAUGCGGCACCGACAAACGCCUGUUAUCCAGGCAAGAGGCUGCAGCGCAUAGGCAAUUUGAUGACAAGGAACUGGCUUGGUGUUAUUGAGCCAUUAUCAUUGCCUGUUUUUGGGGCCUUGGGAUGGUCACAGGAAUCCCUCGACCGCCUUAUUGACGACGUCAAGAAAGAAAUUGUUGAUCCCAAGUUCCACUCCUACAUGACCUUAAUGACCGUUUCCUGCCAAAAGCCUAUGAGCGACUCGGCUGCUUCCUCCAACAUCUCCUUCACAGUCCCACCGCCGCCAAAAUGA